CUUCUCUCCAAAUUCCCCUGAUCGCCAUGGCCUCUCUGUACUCAGUGCUUAUUCGGGAUCUCGCCAACGCGACGACGCAGCAGCAGCUGCAGCCGCCGUUCAACGAGACCACCCAGCAGCUCAACCUCGACCAGUACGGGUACAUCCCCACCAAAGCCGUCACGGUCAUCUUCGUCGCGUUGUACGCGAUCAGUGCCAUCGUGCAUCUGGGCCAGGCGGCCAAGUUCCGCAUGUGGUGGCUGCUGCCCACCGCCGUGCUCUGCGGCAUCGGCGAGAUCAUCGGGUGGAGCGGCCGGCUCUGGUCGUCCAUCUCGCCCCAGCUCGGCACGCCGUUCCUGAUCCAAAUCUCGACGACGAUCAUCGCCCCGACGCCGCUGCUCGCGGCGACGUUUGUGAUUUUUUCGCGCAUCAUUGGGCGGCUCGGCCCGGCGUACUCGCGCGUGUCGCCCAAGACGUACACGGCCAUUUUCAUCCCUUGUGACGUGAUCGCGCUCGUGGUCCAGGGUGCCGGCGGCGGGAUCGCCUCGUCGGCCAACACACCCGCGGGAUCUAAACAGGGCGCGAACAUCAUGCUCGGCGGGAUCGUGUUCCAGCUCGUGGUGAUCAUCUUCUUCAGCGUGUUCGCGCUCGACUACCUCGUGCACUACGUCCGCGACGCGCCCGUGCGCAGCGCGGACUUCCAGGCGCGCGGGGCGCUCACGCCGCGGCUGCGCCUGAUGGUCAGCGCGCUCGGGUUCUCCACGCUCCUGCUCUUCAUCCGGUCGAUCUACCGGACGGUGGAGCUCGCGGGCGGGUGGCACGGGCACGUCCUGCGCACGCAGAUCUACUUCAACGUGCUCGACGGCGCGAUGGUCUUCCUCGCGAUCUACACGCUCAACGCAUUCCACCCCGGCGUCCUCCUCGCCGAGCCGGCACUGGCACCGGAGAUGCGCGCCGCCAGCGCGGAGACGUUCGAGAAGCCCAUGCUGCAGGCGCAGUCUGCGUAGGUCGCCCGUACGAUAUAGACGGCUGUUUUUAUCUUCUCUUCUCUCAAGGACUCGUUCUAAAAAAAUAUUCUUACGUACGUAUACAACUUACUUACAAUCAAGGAGGCUUGACACGUGAUCGCGCUCGUCAUGUGAGGGACUCUGCAGUGAUUCUGAAUCUGAUUCUAAAUCUGCAAUGGCAUCUGCUCCGCCCAUGGCUGUCUCCAUAAGCAUGGCUGACGUCCAUCUGCACCCAAGCAAGCAGCUGUCACCCCGAUGCGCGCCAAGGCCACAGAUCCCCAUCGUUUCUGAAACACGGCGCAUGCAUACAGCCUCGAACUGAAUGCCCGGAUGCCCACUGUCCAUCGUCCUGUCCUGCCAGUGCGACUCUCUCGCGACGGUUACGUGAGUUACAGUGUGCAUGGUUUGCAUGGGACACUUCCUUGGCGCGGCACAGGAAAGUACAACAGUUACAGGAGGCAACAGGCUUUACGGGGGCCCACGCGAUAAUUGAAUUCGGCGUGUGCACACAGGCACAUGCCGCGUAGGAUUCGCGCACUGUAUCUGCAUAUUUUGGCUCUAUAUGUAUACUUACGGAUUCCGCCUGUGAGACGCACUGGCCAGCAUGCUCAUGUACUGUAUGCGCUUCCACGACAGGCAAGGGCCAUCCAGGUGGGUGCAUGUUGCCAACGCACUCUUGGCAGUCGGCCGAUGGCGCGGUUCUUCGAAGCAUUUCGCUGUGCAAGUCGCACUGGAGCUCUUCCAAGGAGAACGCAGGGCUUGCCGUCGUCAGGUGACGGUCUUGUCUUGGCGAAACCAACGGGAUGGGUGUGGUGCUCCGGCAGGCUUCGCGAUAAUUCGUCGCACGCUCGAGAAAGGG